UCCAUUUUGUGUUUGCACGGCUAAGACAAAGAUACAACAUUUAGUUUUGGGUAUUGUCACGCUAGAAAAUAAAUUAAGUCUUGAGUAUUGAGAAGUAUUGAAUGAUUACAGAACGUCGAUUUAAAUUUAUUCGAUUACUCUUUCCUGGAUAUUGAACAAAUUGUUAAAUAUUCGUGAAUGCGAUGGCAAAUUACCCAGAGCGUAAAAUAGUACCAGUUACUAUAGAUAUUACUGGCAGUAGCAGUAGCAGUCAGUAUCCUGCAUAUCAGCCACUACAAGUAAAUCAAGAUAAAGAGUCUAAAUACUUGAAUCUGGUGGUGCAACUGCAGAGCCAACUGAUAGAGCAGCAAAGGCAACUCAAUUUGUUGGCGGAACAACAAAAAGAACUUCAACCUCAGCCGCAGCAGCAGCUGCAACCUGCUCAACUCUCAACAGUUGCAGAAAAUCAAGGUGGUAACGUAAAUCAAGGAGGUCAAGGAAAAGGAAAAAAGUCUAAAAAGAAAAAGAAAAAUUCAGAAAGGGUUGCUGAUAACUCCAUGCCAUUUUACGAAUACAAUGAGUUCUAUGAAUAUAUGAGAACGAGGAAUAGUCACCAACAACACGGAGGAAGAAGUGGAAGAGGUAGAGGAAGAGGCGGAAGAGGUGGUAGAAGAGGCAGCAGAGGUGACGGUAGAAGCGGAAGAGGGAGUGGAAGAGGUGGAACAAGUAGUGGAAGAAACGGAAGAGAUGGUGGAAGGGGAAUGAGAUUUGGAAGCGUAAGGGAGUGGAAUAAUUAAUUUUACUCCUUGUGACGACAAUUCGUCUAAUUUUGGGAACAUUAAGAGAAAACUUGGACUGAAGUACUUGCCGGCAUUUUAUUUUAUUACUUGAUUUAUUGUUUUUUAUUAUAAAUUUAUUUAUUUAUUUUUAAUUUGUUAGAAGUUAAAAUUGUUUUUGUUUAUUUUAUGAUUUCGUUAAUGUUAAGUUUUUCUCUCAAUGAAAUUGGUAAUUGGUGCUUUCCUGCCCCACGACGAUUUUUUCUUACUAAUUGUAAGUUAAGCAAUUUCGAAACAUUUAUUAUUUUGUAACAAAAUAAAAUUUUAUCAAUUAUA